AUGUCGUCCUCAAAUUCUCCAUGCGCAGCUUGCAAGUUCUUACGCCGUAAAUGCACACAGGAAUGCGUGUUUGCACCAUACUUCCCACCUGAUCACCCUCAAAAAUUCGCAAACGUACACAAAGUCUUCGGAGCAAGUAACGUCGCCAAAAUCCUCAACGAACUCAACACAACUCAACGAGAAGACGCCGUUAAUUCCUUAGCUUAUGAAGCCGAAGCAAGGUUACGAGAUCCGGUGUACGGAUGCGUCGGAUUAAUCUCUGUUCUUCAACACCGAUUAAAACAAGUUCAAUCGGAUUUACACAACGCUAAACUCGAAUUAUCUAAUUACAUCGGCCCUUCCGCUAUGUUACCAAUCUUAAAUCCAGGUUUCAUCCCGCAAAUCGGAAACAUGCCGACGUCAUCAUCGGUGCCGGUGUUACCCUACAACAUGCAGCCGAUUUUCCGAGACGCUCAGCCGCAGCACCACCAGCAAAUACUUGAAGCUCAGCAACAACAACUGGUGGCGGUUGUUAAUUCUAGAGAACAACAGGAAAUGUUAAGGAGUUAUGAGCAACAGCAACAGCAACAACAGCAGCACCAACCACCACCACCGCCACCGCCGCCGCCGUCACAGCAGCAACAACCGGGUGAGCUAGUAAGGUUUAGCGGCGGAUUUGAUGCCGGUUCAGGUGGUGGUGGGUUUAGCCCGAUGACAGCUCAGGCAGCCAUGUCAACUUUAGCGUUAGGUAGUUCUUAUGUGAAUAACAACAUGUACCAGAUCCAACACCAACAGCCGCCGCAAGAACAAAACCACCACCAUCACCACCACCAACUCCACGUUCAACCGCAUCAGCUUUUGCUGCCACAAGAAGCUCAGCAACCGCCGCUGGUGGUGCAGAGAGCUGCCAAGGAGGAGGAUAGGAGCGUUGCUCCGUCGUGUUGA